UUGGAUUUUUUUGAAUUUUAUUGAAGUUAUAAGAAAUCCUUUAGCCAUGGAUGUCUUCGGCUGCUAUGAUUACAAGCGUCCCGUCAACGACAAGCAAACCGAUUGGCGGACCUCGCAGUACCGCGGUCACCGGCACAUCACAGACCUGCGGAUGGAGAACAAGCUGAAUGCCAAAUUCGCCGACAAGGGAAUCUACGUGAGGGAUCCAUUGUUGUCCGAGAAGCCGCAAACCGACAUUUCGGCCAAUUAUGUGUGGAAGUACGCCAAUCCCGAUGCCCUCAGGAAUCCGUCGCUGAAUAUGAAAACACACUACAUGAAACCCCUUGAUGAGUGCUGUCUUCGGUUUAUUAAACGGAAAAUAAAGCCAAUAUCCAGUGUGACCCACGAUACCUUUGUGCUAAAGGAAAUGCCCGAAGAACAGGAGAUAUUACCCUUUCCUAUGCCCAGUGCAGUUAAGUCCACCGAAUUGGUCAUCGACCGGUCCGAGGAGGGCAUUAGCAAGUACCUGGACCCCAAUGCCACCACUUACAAUUUGUCGUAUGUGCGCCACAGCAAGGAGGCCCUGACUGGCGGCAUAGCUGCCCACGACAACCUCACCUACUGGAAUUGGUCGGAGAAGGUGGUGCCCACCAGGAAAGUAUCACGGGAACCAGAUCCCAUUUUGUGUGACGAAUUUCCCUCACAAAAGUGUACCAAACGACGUUGCGAGUUCCAGAACAUGACGAAGCCGGUGCCACACUCUGGAAUGUGCACCGAAGUGCGCGAGAACUUCUCCGAUCCACAAUUCCGUAAAGUAGAGUUUGAUCCGGACGUGACUCCGAAGUUGGUUCAUGCCGAUGUGGUUCCCUUUGCCAAGAAGAGCGAGUAUGCCAUUUACGGAUCUGGUGAACCCGUUGUGAAGUACGUCUAGGUGUUCUAGUUAUCUAGACUUUUAUUUCGUCAAAAUUAAAGUUAAGAGCAUUUCGUUUAUUAA